UAUUGCGAUAUAGCAAACACAAAAAAAAGACAAGAAAACGGACCUCUCCCGAAAGGGCAUGCUGGACCGGUUGAAGCGCCGUUCCGCUCCUCGCCGCCUCGUCGCUCCGGCUCCCAGAGGACGCACCCAUGAUUCAAUAACACUUAACCUCCCCGCUCCGGCCUACUACACCCUAUUCGUCCAUAGCAACACUUGCGAGGACGGCCACUCCGGAGUCGGCCAAGAUUCUUCUCCGGCCUGCGCUGCGGCCGCGAAAGGAAAAAAAAUUCAUACUCCGUACUCCUGCUCGACCCAACCGUCAAGAUGCCGACCCUAGCAAUCACCAAUUUUAACAUUGUGGUGAGUGUGCUGGGCGGAUGGAUAUCCCUUUUCGGCCUCGUCUCGUAUUUGUGCAAAGAGAACUUCUACCUCUCCGAGGCCCUCAUAUCUCUCUUGGCGGGCGUGGUAGUCUCGCCGUCGGCGGCAGACUUGGUAAGGCCCCUCGAAUAUGCGGGCUCGGUGGAGAACGUCAACACUGUGACUUUGUAUUUCUCGCGCCUUGUUCUUGGAGUGCAGCUGGUCUUGGCCGGCGUGCAGCUGCCCAGCCGCUACCUCAAGAAGCAAUGGAGACCGCUUUCCCUCCUCCUUGGCCCCAUCAUGGCCGCCAUGUGGCUGGCCACGAGCCUCCUCAUAUGGGCGCUCGUCCCCAACAUGAGCUUCCUCCAUGCUCUUGUUGUCGGGUCUUGCGUCACCCCGACCGACCCCGUCCUGUCUAACGUUAUUGUUAAAGGCAAGUUCGCAGACCACAACGUACCCAAGGAUCUCCAGCAAAUCAUCAUUGCCGAGUCUGGCGCCAAUGACGGCCUGGGGUACCCCUUCCUCUUCUUUGCCCUCUAUCUGAUCAAGUAUACUGGCGACGGCGGAGUAGCAGAAGAUGGAGGCGCACGCGUCGCUAUGGGCAUGUGGUUCGGCGAGACGUGGGGCUAUGUCAUCCUCCUCAGCAUUGUCUACGGCGCCGUCAUCGGCUGGAUCGCCAAGGAGCUACUGCACUGGGCCGAGGAGCGCAAGUACGUCGAUCGCGAGAGCUUCCUCGUCUUCGCCAUCUCCCUGGCUCUCUUUAUCGUGGGGACCUGUGGCAUGAUUGGCAGCGACGAUGUGCUCGCAUGCUUCAUCGCCGGCAAUGUCUUCACCUGGGACGACUGGUUCCGCUUGGAGACGAUAGACGACUCGCUGCAGCCCACCAUUGACAUGCUGCUCAACGUCAGCAUAUUCAUGUGGUAUGGCGCCGUCUGCCCCUGGGACAGCUUCUUGCACAAUGACGUCAUUCCCAUCUACCGCCUCAUCACGCUCGGCAUCCUGGUCCUCUUGUUCCGCCGUCUGCCGUGGGUGUUUGCCAUCCAUAAAUUCGUACCGCAGAUUGAGCACGUGCGCCAGGCCAUAUUCGUAGGCUUCUUUGGGCCCGUGGGCGUGUCGGCCAUCUUUUAUCUCUACAUUACGCUCGAGUUUCUGGCGACAAUGGAGGUCGAUGGCGAACCCCGGGCGGAUAUUGCUAACCUGGGCGAGACUGUCAAUGUGGUGGUGUGGUUUCUUGCCAUUUGUAGCAUUGUAGGCGGUUUUAUAUUGGUGGUUGUGUUUUAGGCAGGCAUCCCAACUAACAACUCCCUAGGUUGUCCACGGUCUCAGUAUUCCCCUUGGGAAGCUGGGCUUCUACCUGCCUCGGACUAUAUCUUCGAGAGUCAUCACCUCGGCUUCUAGUGAGGGCCGAGCGGGCGAGACACCACCUUUUCGCGUCGGUGAACUAGUCACUGCCAUUUCCACGCGCUCGAGAUCUAGAACUACGUCAGACGAGCUGCCGGGAGCCGUUGCGCCAUCGGCACUAGGUCGGCCCGUCUUUAAGAUUGGCGGGACUGUUAUUCCAGUG